AUGUCCGAUGGCCUGACAGCUAUGCGAAUGUCCAGCGUGUCUAUUGGAACUUUACACAUUAAAUCAGUGAUUUGACGGAGGAAAGAAGUAAACAUGGUUGCCAUAAGACCAGUGGCACACAAAUUACCAAGCUACGUUCCUUUUUUACUAGUUUUGAUCGAUCUUCGAUGCGAAGUGAGGUGAGGGAGUGUCUGAAACUGGACCCGGAUCAUAAGCAGUGCUUCAGCCACUACAAACAAGUCAAGAAGCUCAACAAACAGAUACAAGCUGCUGAGGAACUGAUCCAGCAGGACAAGUACAGCGAUGUAGUUAGUAAAUAUGAGUCUGUUAUAAAGACUGAACCAAAUGUUCCUCAAUUCAUACUUAAUGCCAAAGAACGCAUAUGCCACUGUUUGUCAAAGGACCAGCAACUGCCAAUGCCGUCUCAGUGUGCAGUGAAGUUCUGAAAGCAGACCCUCAGAAUGUGAAUGUUUUAAAAGACAGAGCAGAAGCCUGCCUCCAGGAUGACCAAUAUGAAGAAGCCAUUAAGGACUUUGAGAGUGCUAAAGAACAUAGUGAGAAUGACCGGCAGAUUAAGGAGGGCCUGGAGCGAACACAGCGGCUCCUCAAACAGUCCCAGAAGAGAGAUUACUACAAGAUCCUGGGUGUAAAGAGAACCGCCCAAAAGAAAGAUAUCCUGAAAGCAUACAGAAAGCUGGUGCAGCAGUGGCAUCCAGACAAUUUCCAGGACGCAGAAGAAAAGAAAAAGGCAGAGAAGUUGUUCAUAGACAUCGCUCAAGCCAAAGAAGUUCUCACCAACCCGGAGAUGAGGAGUAAGUUUGACGAGGGCGAGGACCCCAUGGAUCCAGAGAGUCAGCAGGGUGGGGGACAUCACCACCACUUCCAUGGUGGCUGGGACAACUUCCAGGGAUUCAAUCCUUUUGGUUCUGGACCUUUUAAUUUCAAAUUCAGUUUCAAUUAAGGCUCGGCUGAGUAGACCUAGGGCCUGGAUAUGUGCUGGAGUCAGCCAACAGGAACUGGCACCUUCUGAACCUGCCCACAGGCACGGUUCUGACAUGACAAGCGCCUUGAAACGCACAUCUCACGCUGUCAAGUGACCCCGCUUGCUAACCAUCUUUCUUUGAAGCAGCUCCUAUACCUUCAGGGAUCUUACAAUGCGGAGCACAAGGCUAAUAGCCAAGCUACAUCUGUUAGCUUUGACUGUUUUACUC